UGGUCUAGGUAUUGUAGACCUCUCCGUGGUCAGGGUAAGUGGUGAUUGGCUAGGCUGGUGCUGCCCGGAAGAGUAGUGAUCUUUAAACCCCCAAUCCCUGAGCGAUUCAAGGGGAAACACCAGCAAGUACAUAAAGUGUGAUUCUGACUGCCAUCUGACUGCCUCCUUGUCCUCCAGGGCUCGCUGCUGUCGAUGAGAUCAAUGCUGUGAUUCGGGAAGGUCAUCCCAGUAACACCGUGAUGGCACUCAUGAAACCUGAGGCCCAGCUCCCGACCGUUCAUCCCUUUGCUGCUGUUCUGUAUCAGGAAGAACUGUUCAACCUUCAGGAACAGAGCUCUUUGAACUACUUGGCCCCCGAGGAGCUGUCCACGACAGUAGAGAAGGUGUCAGCCGUUGCUCUGCUUAACCAGGUGUUGGAAACCGAGGAUCUUGAGUUGACCCAGGAUCGUCUCAGAAAUCCCUCAAUUGACUUCAAUAACCUGGAUGAAGCACACUUGGAACGGUAAGGGAUCCCUCAUUCCUUUCAGCUCUUUGUCAGUGGUACCGCUGACAUUCUGGAAUCAUUGGCUCCAGGGACCUGUAAUCUCCAGGAUGGAGUCCUUCCUGUCAAAGCCCUUUGGAAAUGUUUUUGGUUUCCUGAUGGGCCAUAUUCUAAGUGGUCAUGAAGAGCUAAGAGUGCUCGUGGACGUUGUCUUGGUUGUAUUUGCUUUUCCGAAAAGGUGGACUUGUUCCUUUCAACU